AUGAGGGCGCGGGCAUGGCGCGAGCGCGGCCGUGGCGGUGGCGCCCCGUCUCCUGGCGCCGCCUCGUCUGGGCGCGGUGCUGCUUCUCCUGGCGUUCCCUCGCUCGCAUCGCUCCCCACCGGCUACUUCGCUUCGUAUGGGGCACUUCUUCCGAGCCUUCCCCAACCUCGUGCCCCGUGGGCUGCGCCAAAUGCCGCGGGCGUUCCCUCGCUCGCAUCGCUCCCCACCGGCUACUUCGCUUCGUAUGGGGCACUUCUUCCGAGCCUUCCCCAACCUCGUGCCCCGUGGGCUGCGCCAAAUGCCGCGGGCGUUCUAGGCCCGCGCCCGCCACCACCUCACCAGGCCUACCCGGUGGCCGCCGAGGCCUCCUCCAGCGAGUCAUCUUGGGACCAAUACAACCAGCUUUACGCGGCGCUUCAGAACCUCUCCAUUCAGCAGCAGCAGGCCUGCGGCGCGCCGGACUGGUUCCUCGACACGGGCGCUACGUCGCACAUCCCUGGACCUAGCAACGGGGAAAAUAAUUCUGAGAUCCAAUAG